AUGGAAGAUUUAGAAAAUCGUGAUAAACGUACAAAUGAAAUAGUUCAUGUUAUUAAUAUUGAUGUUAUUGAUAAUCCAGAAGAUGCUACACUAGGAGCAUUUAUGCUUUGUGAAUUAGGACAAAAAAUGGAAGCAGCUAUUGAUUUAGAUAAUACAAUUGAUGAAAUUCUUACAGAAUUUGAAUUAAAAACAAAACGAACAAUAUUACAUGCUGUUUCAUUCUAUUAG